AUGACGCCCCCUUCUCCCCAAUCCCCCAAUCCUGACACUGAAAAUAUGUCCCACCCAAGUGGGCAUUUGAUCAUAGUUAGUAACAGGCUCCCAAUUACUUUGACCAAGGAUGCGAGUGGCGAAUACCACUUCAAAAUGUCGUCGGGAGGUCUCGUGUCUGCCCUCUCUGGUUUCAAAAAGUCGCUCAGCUUUACGUGGAUCGGGUGGCCUGGCUUCUAUAUACCCGUCAAAGACAGGCCGCUCGUUGACAAACGACUGAGUGAAGAGUACUCUUGCCAGGCCGUAUACCUCGACGACGACGUCGCAGAUCGUCACUACAAUGGAUUCUCCAACUCGAUUCUCUGGCCACUCUUCCAUUACCACCCCGGCGAAAUGAACUUCGACGAGGAAAAUUGGCUCGCCUAUCGCCAGGCAAAUCUUCUGUUUGCUGAGGCCGCACUGAAGCAGGUUAAACCGGGAUCUAUGAUAUGGGUACAAGACUACCAUCUUAUGCUCAUGCCCAUGCUAUUGCGCGGCUUGCUCGACGGUAGCACCCAUGGUGGAGAGACUACUGUGAGGGAGCUGGCCAACAUCACGGAGGGUGUCGAGACAGACGACUUUGUCAACAAGCCCGGCAUGGGGAUUCCCGGCGUUAAGAUCGGCUUCUUCCUUCAUACACCUUUCCCAAGCAGCGAAAUCUACCGUAUUCUCCCUGUGCGACGCGAGAUUCUACUUGGCGUACUCUACUGUGACCUCAUCGGAUUCCACACCUACGAUUAUGCGCGUCAUUUCUUGUCGUCAUGCACGCGUAUUCUGGCAUUGCCAACAAUGCCUAAUGGCGUCGAGUUUGAAGGCAGACUAGCUCAUGUUGGGACAUUCCCCAUCGGAAUAGAGCCGGGUUCGUUCAUUGAGAACCUGAAACGUGAACCAGUAAUGACGCGAAUCCGGCAACUCGAAAAUCGGUUCAGUGGCGUCAAGGUCAUCGUUGGUGUCGACCGGCUGGACUACAUCAAGGGUGUUCCCCAAAAGUUGCAUGCAUUAGAGCUCUUCCUGACUCAGCAUCCCGAAUGGAUCGGCAAGGUGGUUCUUGUACAGCUCGCUGUUCCAUCAAGACAAGAUGUCGAAGAAUAUCAAAACCUUCGCUCAACAGUCAAUGAGCUUGUCGGUCGCAUCAAUGGCCGAUUUGGCACUGUCGAGUUUAUGCCCAUCCAUUUCAUGCACAAAAGCUUAGCGUUCGACGAACUCUGCGCGUUAUAUGCUGUCAGUGAUGUCUGUUUGGUAUCGAGUACUCGAGACGGGAUGAAUUUGGUAUCGUACGAAUACGUCGCCUGCCAACAGGCUCGCCAGGGUGUUAUGAUCUUGUCCGAGUUUGCCGGUGCCGCGCAAAGUCUCAAUGGCUCGCUCAUUGUCAACCCAUGGGAUUCGCAACAAGUGGCUGACGCCAUUCACGAAGCAGUCACCAUGGAUGCAGAGACACGAGCUGAAAAUCAUCGGAAGCUGUUCAAGUACGUCAACAAGUAUAGCGCAGCAUUCUGGGGGACCAGUUUCGUGAAAGAGAUGGGUCGCAUUGAGGUGGGUGAUCUUGACACGGAGGGGCAAGCGCCGAGCAAAGUGCGCGGGGAGGCAGCGGGAUUGGGCAGCGUGAUUGUUGACGGUGCCGUGGUCAGUACUCCAACAACAGCAUCAAUUCGAGUUUAG